GGAGGCUGGCAAUUGAGCUGGCAGGGGAGGGCGGAGCGAGAGCACUGUACAGUGUCAAUAAGGAGUGUCACCCCUGUCCAAGACCCUCCCUGUGUCCACAAAGUGCUGAGUCACAGUGAUAAGGCUUCCCUGCGCCUUUCCUGCACGCUGCUGCCCUGUACUCUGCCUGCUGCCCGCACCAGCACCCGCCAUCACCAGCACCCGCCAUCGCUGCACAGGUUCCAGCCAAGGCUACCUCUACAGUUCAGCAUCAGAGCAGUGUGUUUUGGAUUUUGACAUGGUAUCCUCUAAGAAGGUCACCCUCUCAGUGCUCAGCCAGGAGCAGUCAGAAGGGGUUGGAGCGAGGGUCCGCAGAAGCAUUGGCAGACCUGAGUUAAAAAAUCUGGAUCCAUUUUUACUGUUUGAUGAAUUUAAAGGUGGUAGACCAGGUGGAUUUCCGGACCACCCACAUCGAGGUUUUGAAACAGUAUCUUACCUUCUGGAAGGUGGCAGCAUGGCCCAUGAAGACUUCUGUGGACACACUGGUCAGUUGAACCCAGGAGACCUGCAGUGGAUGACUGCGGGCCGGGGCAUUCUUCACGCUGAGAUGCCAUGCUCAGAGGAGCCAGCCCAUGGCCUACAACUGUGGGUUAAUUUGAAGAGCUCAGAGAAGAUGGUGGAGCCUCAGUACCAGGAACUGAAAAGUAAAGAAAUUCCUAAACCCAGUAAGGACGGUGUGACAGUUGCUGUCAUCUCUGGAGAAGCCCUGGGAAUAAAGUCCAAGGUUUAUACUCGCACACCAACCUUAUAUUUGGACUUCAAACUGGACCAAGGAGCGAAGCAUUCCCAGCCUGUUCCUAAAGGGUGGACAAGCUUCAUUUAUACCAUCUCUGGGAAUGUGUAUAUUGGGCCUGAUGAUGCACAACAAAAAAUAGAACCACAUCACACAGCAGUGCUGGGGGAAGGUGACAGUGUCCAGGUAGAGAACAAGGAUCCUGAGAGAAGUCACUUUGUCCUGAUUGCUGGGGAGCCAUUAGGAGAACCAAUUGUCCAACAUGGUCCAUUUGUGAUGAACACUAAUGAAGAGAUUUCUCAGGCCAUUCUUGACUUCAGAAAUGCAAAAAAUGGGUUUGAAAGAGCCAAAACCUGGAAAUCAAAGAUUGGAAACUACUGAGCACAAGAGCAGGUUUCAAUGCUUUCUAGUAUUUUGCCAUUUGUGGCAUCCAUUCAGUCAAUGCAUUCAAUUUCCAAAGCUGACCUAGCUGGUGCUUCUGAAGAAUUCCACACUAAAGUGCUAACAUGAUUUUUAUAUUGAUGCACAAGACAUAUUUCCUGGCAUAUGUAAAUAAAUCUAAUUGUUGCUCCUUUAAAAAUCAGUGUUCUUCGUUGGGACCCACAUUCCUCAUCUUUUGUUAAAAAACCAUUUUAUAUAUGAUUGCUUUUUUGUGUGUGGGAGGUAUUUUCUUAUUUUUGUGCAUGCGUGGGGCUUUAAAGAAUAUGUGAUUGCUUCUGUGUGUCACCAGCAGUUGAUGUGUGCAGUUGAACAUGGCAGUUUCGAUACGCAGUCAUGCCUGUGUGCAGGGGUUUCACGUUACAGGUCAUCUGCAUUAAAAUAAUAGCAGUCUUGAG